ACCUCCCAAAGUGACCAGCACGUUGACAGAUUCGAACGGAAAUUGGCUAGAAAAGCAGUCAUCAAUAUGCGUGGAUUUAUGAUCUUGGCUGUCUUGGCAGUGGCACGUGCCGAUGUGGGUGGCUACAAUUAUGGAGCAGGCAUUGGUGGCUCCAGCACUGGAGGUUCUCUCUCCGGUGGCUCUAUCUCUGGAGGUUCUAUCUCUGGAGGUUCUAUCUCUGGAGGUUCUAUCUCUGGAGGCUCCAUCUCAGGAGGCUCCAUCUCCGGAGGCUCCCUCUCCGGCGGCUCCCUAACCAGCGGAUCCUACUCCAACGAUUAUGCCCCCGUCAACACAGAGUUCAACAAGGAAUUCUUCACCUACACCGCUCCUGAAGCCGAUUUUGAGGACAACAAGAGCGUCAGCGACCUGGCUGCCUCUUUGAAGAAGAACCUGCGAGUGGUCUUCAUUCGUGCUCCAGAGAACAAGGGUCUGGAGAACGCCGCUUUAGCCCUGGCCAAGCAGGCUGCCGAGCAGCAGACCGCCAUCUAUGUCCUCACCAAGCAGGGUGACCUCUCUAGCCUGGCCAACCAACUGCAAAACCUGAACCAUGUAAGCGCUAGCAAGCCGGAGGUGCACUUUGUCAAGUACCGCACUCAGGAGGAUGCCCUCAAUGCGCAGCGCACCAUUCAGCAGGAGUACGAGCGUCUGGGUGGAUCCUCCACCUCUCACAAUGGAGGCGUGGCUCCUGUCCUGGACUUUGCCACCAAGCAGCAGGUGCAGCACCACCAUCAGCAGCAGCAGCAGCAGCAACAGGUGCAGCUGAUCGAUGAGCGUAGGGCUAGCAUCAGUUCCUCAUCCGCUGGAGUUGUCUCCGCCGAGCUGGAGGCACCCUCCGCUGGCUACAUCCCUCCUGCCGCUGCUGCCCCCAGCUCCACCUACCUGCCCGUGAACAAGGUCAAGUAG